AUGGCGCGUGCUACUCGUGCCAAACCUCCAAGGAUGGAACAAGAGAGACCAGUGAAUAAGGUCAUCAAGCGGCCUGCGCGUGGUUACCACAAAUUCAGAAAUGGGAUCCUGAACGUGAAGCCUAAAGGCGGCGAGAAAGCAAUCACCAAGACCAAUCAGAGCUCACCUUUGCUUCGACUACCUGCUGAAAUUCGCAACAAAAUCUGGGCAUUGUCGCUUGGAGGACAAGUGAUGAGGCUUCUAGGGAGUGUUCCUAAUGGAUCUCGUCGUGUCAUAGCACUGUCAUCAACUGAACGCAGUGGUGUCGCACUGCUCCGAGUAUGCCGUCAAAUCUACGCAGAAGCUGCGGGUAUGCCUCUAUCACUCAACACGUUUUCAUAUUACCAGCACCCCGCGGUCUCGCUUUUCAAAUAUUUUAAGCCGCACCAACGCAAGCAGAUCACCUCCGUAAGAGCGGACUUAGACGGCAUAACAUUCGAGACAUCGGGGGGUUUGGAUCUCGAUUGGACUAGAAGACUUUUUGAAUUUUUGCCUGCACUGAAGACAUAUCGAUUGUGCGUCUUCAAAGAAGAUACAACAUCCCCUGCCAAUAGCCAUAAAGGUGGGGUAAUAGAGAGAAUCGUGUACAAGCGAAUCAAGUCCCUGGCUUUGGGCGCUGCCAUCAACUUUGGGGUAGAGUACAUUGCGCAGGACUUGCGAACUUUCAAUAGCGAGUCCAUAGAAAUACAGUGGCAGGUGGUACACUAUCAAAUCCUGGACCGUCAGACGGUUGAUCGAUUCUUGUCGCCUCCAGCUCAAGGAUUGCGAGUCAACAACGGCGUGAACUUCUGGGAGUAG